AAUUUCACUCAUUACCCGCAAUAUUGUACAACAAAUUGUGUUUACUGCAACGCUGCUCGUAAAAAAAAAGAAGAGCUCACUCUGUUCCGCGCACGUUUAACACAAAAUCAGAGAAGAAAAGGCGGAAGAAGAAGCAGGCGUCGCCGAUAAUGGCCGGGAGACGUGGAACGAAUCCGACGACGUACUCGCCGUCUCUGAAGACCCAGAAAACAAGGUCAACCAUUUUCAAAGACGAUUGGGUCCGACCCGAUGGCCGCGGCUUUCAACAAUGCCGACCCGCCUUUUUUAGGACCAGUGCUGUCACUGCUGCUUCCGGAUCUGCUUAUGCAGAGUUUGGAAAUACCAAGGUUAUUGUGUCUGUAUUUGGGCCAAGGGAAAGUAAAAAGGCAAUGAUGUACAGUGAUAUCGGACGGCUAAAUUGUAAUGUCAGCUAUACAACUUUUGCCACCCCUGUCCGUGCACAGGGAUCAGACCGCAAGGACUUUUCUUCAAUGCUUCAUAAAGCUUUGGAGGGUGCUGUAAUUCUGGAAACUUUCCCCAAGACAACUGUAGAUGUUUUUGCAUUGGUGCUGGAAUCUGGCGGCAGUGAUCUUCCUGUCGUGAUAUCAUGUGCAAGUCUUGCCCUAGCAGAUGCUGGGAUCUUGAUGUAUGACCUUGUUACCUCUGUUUCUUUGUCUUGCCUGGGAAAGAACCUCGUCAUUGAUCCUAUUUUGGAAGAAGAAAGCUAUCAAGACGGAAGUUUAAUGAUUACAUGCAUGCCUUCUCGUUAUGAGGUUACUCAGCUUACAAUUACAGGGGAAUGGUCAACCCCAAAAAUUAAUGAGGGGAUGCAGCUAUGUCUAGACGCUUGCUCAAAGCUUGCAAACAUCAUGAGGUCAUGUUUAAAAGAAGCCACUACCACUUCACAAGAGUAGGGAACUUUUUUGUUUACCUAGUUUUUACAUACAGUUCACAGAAUUAGCCUUUUGUUCUUUUCUUCAAGCUUCAAAGAUUUGGCGAAAAUUUUCCGGAUUAGUUUCGUCUGGUUUUUUGUGGUUGUACAUCACUUAUUUUCUGAUUCCUAUGAAAUCUCCAGCACUUUAGUUCUACAUAAA